AUGUAUCAACCUCGUACUCCAGAUCAGGAAUACAUUUCUCAGUUUGACUUGACAUCACUUGCAUUUGCCGAUCUUAUUCUUUCUGAGCUCAAACCAGAGUAUGCUACUGAAGAAAAAGUAGUUACUAAAAGUCAAUUGGGUCCCUAUGAAACAAUCAGAUGCAUUUGCGGUAAAAACGAAUGUACAGGUGAAUUAAUUCAAUGCAGUGAAUGCCAUUGCUAUCUUCAUCGCGAUUGUGUUGAAAUACCGAAUCGUAGGAACUCAACAUUCAAAUGCCCAUUCUGCCAUCUUCAACUCGAUGGUGUCGAUCCAUUUAGAGAGCUCAGAACAUGGAUCGAAGAAAAAGAUAAUGAUAUCAAAACAAUCCAUAAAAUCCUUACGGACGCUUCUCAGUUAGAGCAUAAAAUACAAACAAGCGGUUUCGAGACACAAUACCCAGCUAACAUGCGUACACAAAACAAUAAUGUCAUGCGACAGAACUUACAACGUACAAUCCAAGAAGUUAUUGAAAAGAUUCGUAAUUUGUCUGUUUCCUAA